GUAUCAAAACUCGUUGUUUGAUGAAUAUGUUCUUCCGUGAAAUCAGGAAAACGAAGCAUAUAUACGUAAUUUAGGGAUAGAUCAAUUGUGUGUUAGUGCAGGGAAUGAAAUACGUAUACAGUUUUGUUGGCAACCAUACGCAACACAUUAAUACUGCUUUCAUAGAUUCAACAAUAUGGCACCGAGUUGCCAGGUUUGAGAUUAGUUGUUGAAAUAGUGUGAUUCAUAUUAUUGAUGCUAUCGUAUCGAUAUAAUAAUCGUGUACUAACAUAAGAGAAAAUGAUAAAAAUAUCUUAUACACUUUGGUGAAUACAUAGCGUACUAAAGAAGCGAAACGAUUACGUUGAGUAAUUCUAACCUAACUCUAAAAACUUCGAUUCGUUGGUUUCAUUAAUAGUUCUGUUUGCCGAUAUAACGGAAGUUCCAAAAGAAAUCAUCAUGGUUAAUGUCAAUCCUCGAGUAUUUUUUGAUAUAGAGGUUGGCGGAUUGCCAAUGGGACGUAUAAUAUUUGAACUUUUUGCGGAUAUUUGUCCAAUAACAUGCGAAAAUUUUCGUGCAUUAUGUACUGGAGAAAAAGGACUGGGGAAAACUACCAGCAAACCUUUACAUUAUAAGGGAAUUGUUUUCCAUAGGGUAGUUAAAGACUUUAUGAUUCAAGGUGGAGAUUUUUCAGUAGGAAAUGGAACAGGAGGAGAGUCAAUCUAUGGAGGAACAUUUGCAGAUGAAAAUUUUAUAAUAAAACAUAGUAAACCAUUUUUAUUAUCAAUGGCAAAUCGUGGUAGAGAUACAAAUGGUUCACAGUUUUUUAUAUGUAUUCUUAGUCAACCUCAAAGUACAACACAACCAGCGCCUCACCUCGACAAUGUCCAUGUGGUUUUUGGAGAAGUAGUGUCUGGCCAGGAAAUUGUUACACAUAUUGAGGGACUCCCAGUAGAUCGUAUGUCUCGCCCAUUACAAGAUGCUAAGGUUGUGAAUUGUGGAGAACUUGUGCUCAAAGUCAAGAGUAAAGCAAAAAAACACGAAGCGAAGGAUAGCAGUUCAUCCGAGUCAGAUUCCGAUUCGUACACAGAAAAACCUAAAAAGAAAAAGAAAGCCAAGAAAAAUAAAAAAAGAGCAAAAUCAGAAGAUGGCGAAAUACAUGAUUCAAACGAAGAUGAUCUUGGGAAGCCUCAUCCACUUGUUUCAGUGACAAAAAUUGACCCUGAUGAAAUUCCUGAAGUGCCAGCGAAUAAAUUUUUGUACAGAGCGGGGCCUACUAAUAACGCGAAUCAGAAAGAAUUUAGACAACAUUACGGAAGAGAUCGGGUACGGUCGCAUAGAAAAACUGGUCGCGUAUUUAAAGGAAGAGGAAUAUUUCGGUAUCACACGCCUUCUCGUAGUCGCUCAAGAAGUGUUACACCACCUCACUGGAAGCAAGCUCAAAAUCGUACUAUUAAAUUACACGAAUUCCAGAAAUUAGAGAAAGAACGUUUAAAAAAGGAGGAAGAGAUGAAGAAACGGGAAGCUGAUAGAAUUAAAAAGUUCAGCGAAAAUCCUGAUGAGGAAAACCAGAUGAUGGAUAAGUUCGAUACCGAAGCACCUGUGUGCGAAGAUUUAGAAAAUAAGGAAAAUGAUCAGACAGACGAUAAGAAGGAUAGCAAUAAAAAUGUGGAACAGGAUCAGGAUCAUUUGAAUACUAGUUCAGAUAUCAAUGAUACUAUGGCAAAAGAUAAAGUGGAUGGGAAGCACAAAAACGAGAAAUUAAUAAAACGCGAUUCACAUCGAUCGUAUGGUGAUAGAUCUUCACGACGUGAUUCGCGAGAUAGGAGUAGAAGGCGUGGAAGUGGACGUUCGAGAUCACGGGAUCGACGAAGGUCUCGUGACAGAGAUUACGAUCGUAGAAAUAGUCGUGACAGAAGGAACAGAAGAAAUUAUUAUCCACGAAAACGAGACAACUACAGGAUGAACAGACCUGGAAGAGAUAAUUACAGAUAUUAUGAGAGGCGUAAUGAUUAUAGAAGAACGAACAAUUCUAAUUUUAAUUACGAUACAGAUAUGAAUUCAUCACGUUAUGAUAAGAACCGAAGGAAAAGUGAUAAUGCGUCGGACUCUAACAAUCAACCAAAAUUCAAGCGUCGCUCACGUUCAACUAGUUCUAGUAGUCAACACUCCAAAGAUUAAAAAGCAUUGUUUCCUUGUUUUUCUUUUUUGCGUAAUUCAAGAAAAAUAUAAUGUAUAUAGUAAGCUAUAUAUAUUAAUUUUUCCAAUUUUUUAUUUGAAUUUGUUUUAUAAUGGUAUAUCAGACUUAUAUAAAAGUGGCUCUUUUAAAUUUGUAGUCAUUUAAAUAUUGGUUGCAAUAUUUGAAUUUCAAAUAUUUGAAAUUCAACUUUCUUUUCCUUCGCAAAAUGAAUAUGAAAUGUUCAGAUAUAUAAUUCUUUGAACCUUCAGUUAUGCACUGCUCUCAUACGUAAACUAAAUAAUGAAUGUGUCCUUUAUCUGUAGAUUAUCCAAUUGUAAAUUAAAAAUACUUUUAUAGUAAAUCAAUAUACACUUACAUUUUAUGUUUGAAUUUUUGUUUAUAAAAAGUUUUGUGCUCCUUCAAUAUUUGUACACGAAAGCACUAAAGGAAUUCAAACAUAAAUUUUAAGUAAGAUUUUAAUCUUAGAAAUUUACAAAGGUUCAUCAAUAUCAUAAACUAUAAAUAAUAUGUUCCUUUCUUAUCAUUUAAGAAAGUAUUUGUAUUCAUACGUUGUAUAAUCAUCAUUUAAAAU